AGUGCUGGAGGAAGCGUUGUCGUCUCGACUUCUUUAUGAAACUCGUACUGCCCCAACAGCCAGUCUGGUUUGGUAUUUCAAUUCGAGAGGUUGACUUUCUUAUUUGAUAUCGCGGACUCUCGUAAACGCUCUUGAACGAAAGCCUUUAUACUGCCACAAUUCCCAAUUGUGGUCUCUUCUUUUGAAAUCUUCUACUUUUGGUCUUGGACAACAUUCAGCUUUUAUUCCCGUUCUACAUAGUCUUUCCCUUCUAAGGGUUUUGAAACUUGUCAUUGUGCAAGAAAGGAAAGCCUCCUGAAGGAAAAACAAGAGCCACCAACAAGAAACAAUAUACUUCAAGUUCUCCAUAACAUUAUCUUUUCAAGUAUAGUCAAUUCCCGAGCUUAGUAAGGAAAUUCAAGUGAAUAGUGCUUUCAGAGUAAUUUAUCAAUUGGUGCUUAUAUUUUUUUUUGGUGACUUACAACACAACAGUAUAAAUCUAAUGGGACAAAAAGACAAAUGCAAUUGAACUCUGCCUUGUUUAAACUAAAUCCCUCUAACAUUGUAUACCCAACUUUAUGCUGAGAAGCUGUGAGCAAAAAGUGAAUGCAGUGCCUUUGAAAAGAGCAUCGUCUUGAGAGAUAAAUAUUUUGCAGCUCUCUAUUUCACACGGAGAUUUUUUUUUCAAUUUCUUCAACAAACUCCUCCAAUAUAACAAAAACCACCUCAGGAUUGAAGAAAAUUUUUCAAAAUAGAAAAAUUUUCACCUGAACUCCAUCGGAAUUCCUCACCCACAGAGAUAAUCAAAAAAAAGCAAAAUAAAAAGUGUGUUGACGUACGGAAUCCCAAAACGAAAAGACACACAUUUAACGCCAUGGAAACUUCCUUAUGGUUCAGCAUUGUGAUCUUUAUAGCAAUAACACAAGUUAAUUCACUCGAAAAUGGAUUAGCACGAACACCACCAAUGGGAUGGCUGUCUUGGGAGCGAUUUCGAUGCAAUACAGAUUGCGAAGGAGAUCCCGACAACUGUAUAAGUGAAAAUUUAUUCCGGACAAUGGCCGAUUUGGUCGUGUCGGAAGGCUAUGCUGCCGUAGGUUAUGAAUACAUCAAUGUAGAUGAUUGCUGGUUGGAAAAAUCACGAGGUCUCCAUGGAGAGCUUUUAGCAGACCGAAGACGAUUUCCUCGUGGCAUGAAAGAUCUAUCACAAUACAUUCACGCACGAGGCCUCAAGUUUGGCAUUUACCAAGAUUUUGGUAACUACACCUGUGCCGGGUAUCCUGGCAUUUUGGGCUACCUGGGUCAAGAUGCUCAACAAUUUGCUGAUUGGGAAGUGGACUACGUUAAACUUGACGGUUGCUACUCCUUGCCAACAGACAUGGAUCAUGGAUACCCAGAAUUUGGACGCUAUUUGAAUGCCACUGGCCGUGCAAUGGUGUAUUCCUGUAGUUGGCCAGUGUAUCAGAUUUACGCCGGAAUCGCGCCUAACUUUUCUGCCAUCAUCGAGCAUUGCAACUUAUGGCGCAACUACGACGACAUCCAAGACUCAUGGGCCUCACUCGAAACAAUCAUCGACUACUACGGCAACAACCAAGACGCAAUCGUACCCAAUGCCGGUCCAGGGCACUGGAAUGAUCCAGAUAUGCUUAUCAUUGGAAACUUUGGUCUCAGUUACGAACAGUCAAAGACACAAUUUGCCCUUUGGGCCAUCAUGGCAGCACCCCUGCUCAUGUCUGUGGAUCUGAGAACCAUCCGACCCGAAUUCAAAGCUAUCCUACAGAACCGCAAGAUCAUUGCUGUCGAUCAAGAUCCUCUUGGCAUCCAGGGACGUCGAAUCUACAAGCACAAAGGCAUCGAGAUCUGGUCUAGACCCAUCACACCCAUCUACCAUACGUACUACUCCUAUGCUGUGGCAUUCGUCAACCGACGAACUGACGGAACACCUUCCGAUGUUGCCGUCACUCUCAGGGAAUUAGGACUCGUUUCGCCAUCUGGCUACAGAGUCGAGGACUUGUACGAGGAGGUUGACUAUGGAGUACUCAGCCCACAGACAAAGAUUAAAGUCAAAGUCAAUCCAUCAGGAGUUGUAAUCCUGAGGGCUGACGUUCAACCCGAUCGCUACUCACGGACACCCUAUACACCCCUAAAUUACUUUAGAGGAUGAUUCCAAUGAUAGGACUCCCCCACCAGAUACCCCCGACAUUUGACAACCUCUCUGCUCUAAAUGAGUACCUUCCUUUCUUGAGAGCCUUACUAGAAGAAAUCUAAGAACUGACUGCAAACACAUUGACCGUCGAAAUUGUAAGAUUGCAGACAAAGUUCUGCAGUGACAAUUGAUAAGGUUUAUCAAAUGUAAUACUUGAAAAAAUAAAAGGAUCAACCAGGAAAGGAUACCGAAAGGAUCGUAAACCAAAAGAAAACAUUUUAUCGAAGAGUUUAGAUGAAAAUAAUGCUUCUCUGAGGGUUCAUUUUAACAAUCCAAAAGAAAUAAAUUUAGAGAGUUCAAAUUUUGACACUUUUGCAAUAUAAGCAUAUACUUCGGGAGAGCAACACAAAAGGAAAAGAUAAAUAGGAAAAUCGGGAAAAUCAAACAAAUAAAAGCAAGGAAAUAAUUUUCAAUUUUAUCUUAUAAUUCACGGGAGAAAACUUCAAAGAAGUAGCUAUAUAAAGUUGAUGUGGAGAAACGGUUUUAAAGGAGUAUUUUAAAGUUAUCCUUUCAAAUAGUUUAUUUGGUCUUCAGAAUGUAUUAUAAAAAGACCAAAAGAACCUUUUAUUUUUUCAAUUGAGUUUAUUUUCAUCAAAAAUUACAGAAAAAUCUAAAGGUAAAAUGAAAAUGAACUCCAUUUUGCAAACAUUACAAACUCUUCUCUUUAGAGAAGUUUCUUUGUGAAUUUUAAAGCCGUUGAUAAUAUUUUUUGGGUAGUUUUUUUUCUUUAGGUAGAUUAAAAAAAUUGAAAUUAUGUUACUGUCUGCGACUUUAGCAAAAAUUAUUAUUGGCAAAAUUGGGUUAAGUAGAAGACGUACUGAAUUGUCAGUGAAUUAGCGAAGUUUCAUCUAAACGAUAUAAUUCAGUCGAGAUAGUAAUGCUUGAUAGAUGAAAAAAAACAGAGCUCUUGCUCUAUAAAUCAAUGGUCCAGAUUUCGAGGCUCAAGAGUUUCGAAAUAUUUUUAUUAACAAAUUGAUCUCAAAUUUCUCCAGUGAAAUAAUUUAAAUUUUCAGUUAAGCUGUAUACUUCAGCCGAGAUAAUAAUUCACCGGUCACAAGAGAAAAAAUCAAAAUGCAAGACGGCUUUUAACUAAGAAAACAAGCUGACAAACCUGACAAAGAUUAUAAUAAACAGGAAGGGGAAACCAGUAUGCAUCUAUCUCAAUCUUUAUCUUAAUUCCAAGCCUAUUUAAAACAAUUCUGAGCUAAAGUUGGUUUUAAAACUUCACAGAGAAACUCCAAAAAGUCAAUGUGUUUGCAUUUCACUCUUCACAAUGUUAAUACAAAGAAUUUUUGAGACACCAAGAGAUAUAAUGCUCCUCAAUUGAGUAAAUAUUUUGCAAUUUUCUAUUUUUCUACCGCAAUAAGAAAAUCCCAAGGAUAAUUUUUGUCUCUGUCUAGUUAAUACAAAAUAUUCCUAUAUAAAUUACACACAAUUGUCUUAUAUAUACUUUUUUUUAAAUUAAUUAUUAUAAAUUAAAAAAAUGUGAGACGAAAUUUAAGGAAGAGAAAUAAAAUAGCAUAAGUUUAUUAAGCAUUUCAUGUGCCAGCUGUGUCAAGUACAAGGUGUGAUGCAAUUGUUACCCUUGAAUUUAAUUUAAUAAAUCUCAAAGAAAAUGAAAAUGAUAAGAGAAAAAAAAUUAAGCAGAAAUUCAAAUUCAAUAUAAACUAUAUUAUAUUUACUUCUUUUUGCAUUCUAAGUGAAAAUAAAUUUUGUUUUUGUAAGUUAUAAGAAACACAUUUAAAUGUAAACAGCAGUGAAUAUAAUUUACUAUAAAAUUAAUUAUUAAAAAGGAGAAAAACUGUAAGAGAGUAAAUCUCAAAAUUAUAUUGUAGUGAUGGCUAAAAGUGAAUAAUGAGAAUAUAGAGAUCUAUAUUUAAAUUAAAAGAACAAAAA